GUCGGGGCAGCCGCGGCGAUGUCGGACUCGGAGAGCGAGGAGGAGGCGGGGGGCGGCGGCGGGCGGAGAGCGGCGCCCUUCUCGCUGGCCGGCUUCCUCUUCGGGAACAUCAAUGAGCAGGGCCAGCUGGAGGGCGAGGGGCUCCUGGACCAGGAGUCCAAGAAGCACCUGGCCGGGCUCGGGGCGCUGGGCCUGGGCAGCCUCAUCACGGAGAUCACCGCCAGCGAAGACGACGCUUCCGAGGCUGACGGAGCCCAGCUGGAUGAGGAGGGCUGGGUCAAGAGCACGGAGGAUGCUGUGGAUUAUUCUGAUAUCACUGAGGUGGCUGAAGACGAGAGCCGCAGAUACCGGCAGGCCAUGGGCAAUCUGCACCCCGUUCGGAGAGCAGAUGACAACGAGGAUGACUACGAUGCCGACUCAGAAGACAUUGAUUCCAAGCUGAUGCCUCCCCCUCCCCCCCCACCAGUGCCAUUGAAGAAGGAAGAUGAGAAGGAGGCAGAAGCCUCUGGGCCAGAAGAGGGGGAUGGAAUCAUCUUGCCCUCCAUCAUUGCUCCUUCCUCUGCCGCUUUGGAGAAAAUGGAUUUCAGCAGCUCUUCGGACUCGGAAUCGGAGACGGGUUCCCAGGACUCGAGGAAGGCCGACUUGAAGGAAGGGAAGCUCACCCUGCCACUUGCCGGGAUCAUGCAGCGAGAUGCCACCAAGCAGCUGCCCAGCGUGACUGCCCUUUUCCCUGAGUUCCGGCCUGGAAAGGUGCUUCGCUUUCUACGCCUCUUCGGCCCUGGAAAGAACGUCCCAUCCGUCUGGCGAAGUGCACGGCGAAAGCGCAGGAAGAAACACCGGGAGCCAGUUCCUGAGGCACAACUCCCGGAGGGGGAAGCCAAUGCUGAGCCGGGCUUGGAAGGCAAAUCCCCCUGGGAGUAUGAAUUUGCCCCUCCCCCUCCCCCGGAGCAGUGUCUGUCAGAUGAUGAGAUCACCAUGAUGGCUCCUGUGGAGUCCAAGUUCUCCCAGGCGACUGGAGAUGCGGACAAAGUAGCUGACACCAGGCCCAAAGUGUCAGAAUGGCGCUACGGUCCUGCCCAACUCUGGUACGACAUGUUGGGCAUCCCUGAAGAUGGCAGCGGCUUUGACUAUGGCUUCAAGCUGAAGGAAGAGGAGGAGGAAGAGAAGAGCUCAGCAGCUGAGAAGGACGAGCUGCUGGCCGAUGAGCACUUCCUGAUGGUCACGCAGCUGCAGUGGGAGGACGACGUGAUCUGGAAUGGAGAGGACAUCAAGCACAAAGGGACCAAGACCCAGCGAGCCAGCCUGGCGGGCUGGCUGCCUUCCAGCAUGACGAGAAACGCCACGGCCUACAACGCCCAGCAAGGGCUGAACCGGAGCGGUUCCCUGCUCAACUUGCCGGUUCCCUUGGUGCAGAAGCCCAGUGUGGCAGGAGUCUUGAGCAUGGCCAAGGGCAAAGAGAAGCAGCUACCUGAACAGCAAGGCCUGGAUGAAGACAAGCCAUGGUUCUCCAUUUUCCCCAUUGACAAUGAAGAGCUGGUCUAUGGCCGCUGGGAAGACAACAUCAUCUGGGACGACAAUGCGAUGGACAGGAUCUUGAUGCCCCCGGUCCUGACCCUGGACCCCAACGAUGAGAAUAUCAUUCUAGAAAUUCCCGAUGAAAAGGAAGAGAUGACUCUCAAUUCCCCAUCCAAGGAGAACAAGAAAGAGUCUUCUCUGAAGAAAAGCCGGAUCCUCUUGGGCAAAACAGGAGUUAUUAAGGAAGAGCCCCAGCAGAAUAUGUCUCAGCCAGAAGUGAAGGAUCCCUGGAAUCUCUCCAAUGAUGAGUUUUACUACCCCAAGCAGCAGGGCCUUCGUGGGACCUUUGGCGGCAACAUUAUCCAGCACUCGAUCCCUGCGGUGGAGCUGCGCCAGCCCUUCUUCCCCACCCACAUGGGCCCCAUGAAGCUGCGGCAGUUCCACCGGCCUCCCCUGAAGAAGUACUCCUUUGGCACCUUGUCGCAGCCUGGGCCCCACGCAGUGCAGCCGUUGCUGAAGCACAUCAAGAAGAAGGCCAAGAUGAGAGAGCAGGAGCGCCAGGCCUCUGGCGGUGGGGAGAUGUUCUUCAUGCGCACCCCCCAGGACCUCACGGGCAAAGACGGCGACCUCAUCCUGGCUGAGUACAGUGAGGAGAAUGGGCCCUUGAUGAUGCAGGUUGGCAUGGCCACCAAGAUCAAGAACUACUACAAGCGGAAACCGGGCAAGGAUCCUGGCGCCCCGGACUGCAAGUACGGAGAGACGGUGUACUGCCACACUUCCCCCUUCCUGGGCUCCCUUCACCCUGGCCAGCUCCUCCAGGCGUUUGAAAACAAUCUCUUCCGGGCUCCGAUCUACCUCCACAAGAUGCCUGAAACAGACUUUCUAAUUAUUCGGAUGCGCCAGGGCUACUACAUUCGGGAGCUGGUGGAUAUCUUUGUGGUGGGCCAGGAGUGCCCCCUCUUUGAAGUCCCCGGCCCCAACUCCAAGCGGGCCAAUACGCACAUCCGAGACUUCCUGCAGGUUUUCAUCUACCGCCUCUUCUGGAAGAGCCGCGACCGGCCCCGGAGAAUCCGCAUGGAGGAUAUUAAGAAGGCCUUUCCUUCCCACUCCGAGAGCAGCAUCCGGAAGCGGCUGAAGCUGUGUGCAGAUUUCAAGCGCACUGGGCUGGACUCCAACUGGUGGGUCCUGAAACCCGACUUCCGGCUGCCAACCGAGGAGGAGAUCCGAGCCAUGGUGUCUCCGGAGCAGUGCUGUGCCUAUUACAGCAUGAUUUCUGCUGAGCAGCGCCUGAAGGAUGCAGGCUACGGAGAGAAAUCCUUUUUUGCCCCCGAAGAAGAGAACGAGGAGGAUUUCCAGAUGAAGAUUGAUGACGAGGUGCGCACAGCUCCCUGGAACACCACCCGGGCUUUCAUUGCGGCCAUGAAAGGGAAAUGCCUCCUGGAAGUCACCGGGGUAGCUGACCCGACUGGCUGUGGUGAAGGCUUCUCCUAUGUCAAGAUCCCGAACAAGCCGACACAGCAGAAGCAGGAUGACAAGGAGCCACAACCGGUGAAGAAGACGGUCACAGGGACAGACGCCGAUCUCCGGCGCUUAUCCCUGAAAAAUGCCAAGCAACUCUUGCGCAAGUUUGGAGUCCCUGAGGAGGAGAUCAAGAAGCUUUCCCGCUGGGAGGUGAUCGACGUCGUGCGGACAAUGUCCACCGAGCAGGCCCGCUCAGGCGAGGGUCCCAUGAGCAAGUUUGCCCGAGGGUCCCGCUUCUCUGUGGCAGAACACCAGGAGCGCUACAAGGAGGAAUGCCAGCGCAUCUUUGACUUGCAGAACAAGGUCCUGGAGUCCACCGAGAUCCUGUCGACAGACACAGACAGCAGCUCUGCCGAAGACAGCGACUUUGAGGAGAUGGGGAAGAACAUCGAGAACAUGCUCCAGAACAAGAAGACCAGCUCCCAGCUGUCCCGGGAGAGGGAGGAGCAGGAAAGGAAGGAGCUGCAGCGGAUGCUGAUGGGGGAAGACAGCGGAAACGACCGGGCCAGGAAGGACCGCAGGGACAAGAAGGGGGCGGCUUCCACGCCUGGCAACCUGGGUGGUUCUCAUAAAGACGACGACACGGCCUCCGUGACCAGCCUCAACUCCUCAGCCACCGGUCGCCGCUUGAAAAUCUAUCGCACUUUCCGUGACGAGGAUGGGAAGGAGUACGUGAGGUGUGAAACUGUCCGCAAGGCCUCGGUCAUCGACGCCUACAGCCGGAUCCGGACCACCAAGGAUGACGAGUUCAUCCGGAAGUUUGCGCUCUUCGACGAGCAGCACCGGGAGGAGAUGCGGAAGGAGAGGCGCCGGAUCCAAGAGCAGCUGCGGCGGCUCAAGCGGAACCAGGAGAAGGAGAAGCUGAAGGGGCCCCCGGAGAAAAAGCCCCGGAAGAUGAAGGAGCGCCCAGACCUGAAGUUGAAAUGUGGGGCCUGUGGGGCCAUUGGGCACAUGAGGACCAACAAGUUCUGCCCUCUGUACUACCAAACGAAUGCUCCCCCCUCCAACCCGGUGGCCAUGACAGAGGAGCAGGAGGAGGAGCUGGAGAAGACCGUCAUCCCCAACGACAACGAGGAGCUGAUCAAAGUGGAGGGGACCAAGAUCGUCUUGGGGAAGCAGCUGAUUGAGAGUGCGGACGAGGUUCGCAGGAAGUCCUUAGUCCUGAAGUUUCCCAAACAGCAGCUUCCCCCCAAAAAGAAGCGGCGGGUUGGGACCACGGUGCAUUGCGAUUACUUAAACCGGCCCCACAAGUCCAUCCACCGGCGACGCACAGACCCCAUGGUGACCUUGUCUUCCGUCCUGGAAAGCAUCAUCAAUGAGAUGCGGGAUCUUCCCAACACGUACCCCUUUCACCAGCCUGUUAAUGGGAAGGUGGUGAAGGAUUACUAUAAGAUCAUCACCAAACCGAUGGACCUGCAGACCCUCCGAGAGAACGUCCGCAGGCGACUCUACCCGUCUCGCGAAGAGUUUCGAGAACACCUGGAGCUGAUUGUGAAGAACAGCGCCACCUACAACGGGCCAAAGCACUCCUUGACCCAGAUUUCUCAGUCAAUGUUGGACCUCUGUGACCAGAAACUGAAAGAGAAAGAAGAUAAGUUGGCUCGUUUGGAGAAGGCCAUAAAUCCCCUUCUGGACGAUGAUGACCAAGUAGCCUUCUCCUUUAUUCUGGACAACAUUGUGACCCAGAAGAUGAAGGUGGUUCCUGAUUCUUGGCCCUUCCAUCACCCUGUGAAUAAGAAAUUUGUGCCAGAUUAUUACAAAGUCAUUGUCAGCCCAAUGGAUCUGGAGACUAUCCGCAAGAACAUCUCCAAACACAAGUACCAGAACCGAGAAGUCUUCCUGGAUGAUGUGAACCUGAUCCUUGGAAAUAGUAUCAAAUACAAUGGGCCGGACAGCCAGUACACCAAAACAGCCCAGGAGAUUGUGAACAUCUGCUACCAGACCUUAGCGGAGUAUGAUGAGCACCUGACUCAGCUUGAAAGAGACAUUUCGACUGCCAAAGAGGCAGCUUUGGAGGAGGCUGAUCUGGAGAGCUUGGACCCCAUGACUCCUGGGCCCUAUACGCCGCAGCCACCCGAUUUGUAUGAUACCAACACCUCGCUCAGCAUGUCCCGGGAUGCAUCCGUCUACCAAGAUGAGAGCAAUCUGUCUGCUAUGGACACACCCACCACAACACCCGAAAAGCAGUCGGCACAGAUGCGGCAGGGCCAAGGUAGGCUGGGCGAGGAAGACUCUGACGUAGAUAUUGAAGGGUUGGAUGAGGAUGAGGAUGGGAAACCUAAGACUCCAGCCCCAGAAGUGGAGGACGCUGAUGGGGACCUGGCUGAUGAGGAGGAAGGCUCGGUUCAGCAGCCUCAGGCCAGUGUGCUCUAUGAAGACUUGCUCAUGUCAGAUGGGGAGGACGACGACGGCAGCGAUGAGGAGGGAGAUAAUCCCUUUUCGUCUAUUCAGCUCAGUGAGAGCGGGAGCGAUUCCGAUGUGGAGCCCAGCGCAGUUCGGCCCAAGCAGCCUCAUGUCCUCCAAGAGAACACGCGGAUGGGCAUGGACAACGAGGAGAGCAUGAUGUUCUAUGAGGGAGCUGGAGGAGAGGCCUCUCGCGGCAUGGAAGACAGCAACGCCAGUUACGGUAGCUAUGAGGAGCCAGGCCUGAAGUCCAAUACGCGAGAUGCCAGUUUUAGCAGCCUGGGGGGGUACGAGCUCUCGGAAGAGGAGGAGGAGGAGGAAGAGGAGGAAGAGCAGCGAUGUGGCCCCAGCGUGCUAAGCCAGGUUCAUCUAUCGGAGGACGAGGACGACAGCGAGGACUUCCACUCUAUAGCGGGAGACAGCGACCUGGAUUAUGACGAGUGAGGAUGGGCAGCCAUGGAGGCAGCAGCCUUGGACUCUUGCUCUCCCUCUGGCCUCUGAAGACCAGGAGACCCCGGCCGGGAAGGGGGGGGGACACCCCUGGACUUCUCUGUGUGUGCCCUGCUGGCACCCCUGGCAUCACUGGCCUGGGAAGGGGGAGGGGUUGAUGGGCUGGCACCACCCAAAGGGGCUUCCCUGGCCCUAAAUUAUUUGUGGGGGGGAUGAGCAGGAGAUGGACCUUCUUCCCCAACUGUAAAUAAACCUCUGAAACGC